AUGCGUCUGCUCAAUACCACCGAUUUCAGCUUCCAGGAAUUCUGGACAUUCUAUACGACACCAGCAUACGCUAUCCUGAGUCACAGAUGGAGCGACGAAGAAGUCAGUUUCAAGAUUUGGCGCAAAGGAAUUGGCUACGUGAAAAUCAAGAAGUUCUGUACAGUGGCUAAGAGUUUCGGCUUCGAUUGGUGCUGGGCUGACACUUGCUGCAUCGACAAGAGAAGCAGUGCUGAGCUGUCAGAAGCGGUCAACAGCAUGUACGACUGGUACAAGCACAGCUCACUGUGUAUCACGUAUCUAUCAGAUGUUCACUACAAUUCUGAGGGGCCCCGAACAGAUUGGGUUUUCCAUGAUGCGAUAGCCAGUAUGAAGCAUAGUGAGUGGUUUAGUCGUGGCUGGACUCUGCAAGAGCUAAUUGCCCCUCCGCGGAUUCUUUUCUUGUCGAGUGAGUGGACUAUCUUGGGUCACAUAACAUCCCAUUUCAUUCUCGACGACGGCCUCGUCCCUGGUUAUCCGCCAUUGCAAGCUCACAUAUCUUCCAUCACCGGCAUCGAUGUCGGUAUACUGAUCAACUCGAACGUUCUGGAAGCGGCAUGUGUCGCAGAGAAGAUGUCAUGGGCGGCGGACAGACAAACGUCGAGACCAGAAGACAUGGCCUACUGUCUUCUAGGCCUAUUCCAUGUCAACAUGCCGCUUCUUUAUGGCGAAGGAGCCACCAAAGCGUUCAUGAGGCUACAGCUAGAAAUCAUCCGUAAAUCGUCGGACGAAUCAAUCUUCGCCUGGCGCGAACAGUCCUGGACCUGGCAAGGUCUUCUAAGCAGCUCACCUAAGGUUUUCAAGCAUAGCGGACAUAUUCGUAGGCCAAACUCGAUUUUCGUGUCCCUGGGUGACCUCACUAGCGCUCGUGAGGUCACACGCUUACCGUACGCCAUGACAAACAGGGGCCUAGAGCUGCGUGCACGUGCCUGGAGAUCCUUUGACAAAGGGAGCAUUUAUUACAUUCAAUUGGCGUGCGAAGAGGUGGUCGAUAAUGGUGUCAAGCAGUCCUGUAUGCUUGUGCUUCAGGGUGUGCGCUACGAGGACGGAGAUCGUGUCCGACACGCUCAGCGUAGAAAUACCAAUAGUCUCGACUUAGCCAUGGAUUGGCAAGAACCGAAUGACGUAGAGAGCAGGUCUGCGUUGUGCGAUCUUGGUAUUGUGUGCUUCGAGAUACCCCAGGACGGCUUGUAA